AAUAACAAUAACAAUAACAAUAACAAUAACAAUAACAAUAACAAUAACAAUAACAAUAACAAUAACAAUAACAAUAACAAUAACAAUAACAAUAACAAUAACAAUAACAAUAACAAUAACAAUAACAAUAACAAUAACAAUAACAAUAACAAUAACAAUAACAAUAACAAUAACAAUAACAAUAACAAUAACAAUAACAAUAACAAUAACAAUAACAAUAACAAUAACAAUAACAAUAACAAUAACAAUAACAAUAACAAUAACAAUAACAAUAACAAUAACAAUAACAAUAACAAAAACAAAAACAAAAACAAUAACAAUAACAAUAACAAUAACAAUAACAAUAACAAUAACAAUAACAAUAACAAUAACAAUAACAAUAACAAUAACAAUAACAAUAACAAUAACAAUAACAAUAACAAUAACAAUAACAAUAACAAUAACAAUAACAAUAACAAUAACAAUAACAAUAACAAUAACAAUAACAAUAACAAUAACAAUAACAAUAACAAUAACAAUAACAAUAACAAUAACAAUAACAAUAACAAUAACAAUAACAAUAACAAUAACAAUAACAAUAACAAUAACAAUAACAAUAACAAUAACAAUAACAAUAACAAUAACAAUAACAAUAACAAUAACAAUAACAAUAACAAUAACAAUAACAAUAACAAUAACAAUAACAAUAACAAUAACAAUAACAAUAACAAUAACAAUAACAAUAACAAUAACAAUAACAAUAACAAUAACAAUAACAAUAACAAUAACAAUAACAAUAACAAUAACAAUAACAAUAACAAUAACAAUAACAAUAACAAUAACAAUAACAAUAACAAUAACAAUAACAAUAACAAUAACAAUAACAAUAACAAUAACAAUAACAAUAACAAUAACAAUAACAAUAACAAUAACAAUAACAAUAACAAUAACAAUAACAAUAACAAUAACAAUAACAAUAACAAUAACAAUAACAAUAACAAUAACAAUAACAAUAACAAUAACAAUAACAAUAACAAUAACAAUAACAAUAACAAUAACAAUAACAAUAACAAUAACAAUAACAAUAACAAUAACAAUAACAAUAACAAUAACAAUAACAAUAACAAUAACAAUAACAAUAACAAUAACAAUAACAAUAACAAUAACAAUAACAAUAACAAUAACAAUAACAAUAACAAUAACAAUAACAAUAACAAUAACAAUAACAAUAACAAUAACAAUAACAAUAACAAUAACAAUAACAAUAACAAUAACAAUAACAAUAACAAUAACAAUAACAAUAACAAUAACAAUAACAAU